GCUGUGUAGCCCUGGGAGGAAGUGUCUCUCGCUGGAGUUGCUCCUCGGAUUAGAGCCCCAAUAAGUGGAGCUGGCCGGGCAGUGAUUAAUGGCAGCGAUGAUCUAAUCUUCUCAAAUAAUUUGAAGGAAGAGUUAAUCGGUGAAUUGCUUGGAUCAAGAGUGGGAAAAAACCCUUCAAAAUUUCCAUUGUAACUGCCUCACAGUACCAACCUCCUUUAAUCAGCAAACAUCACCAAAAUGGGGCCUAGACGGAAAAAUGUGAAAGUAUGUUCCACGAGUAGGGAAGGCCCUGUAUGCAUCAAAGCUGCUGAACUGAAGGACUAUAUGAACCAGCUUUCACAUGAAGUGCUUUGCCAUAUUUUUAGGUAUCUUCCCCUACAGGAUAUCAUGUGCAUGGAAUGCCUCUCCCGGAAGUUAAAGGAAGCAGUUACGCUGUACUUGAGAGUGGUGAAGGUUGUGGAUCUCUGCGCGGGUCGCUGGUGGGAAUACAUGCCCACUGGAUUCACAGACUCCAGCUUCCUGACUUUACUGAAGAAAAUGCCUGACAUUGAGCAGCUGUAUGGGCUUCAUCCCAGGCAUCUUGACAGGCGUAGAGUUCGUGGCUAUGAGGCUUUCAGCAUUCCUGGAGUUCUAGAAGCCUUGCAGGCUUGCCCAAAUCUAUUAGGUGUUGAGACUUCCCAUUUGGAACUCGUAGAAGCCAUUUGGACUUAUAUGCCACAAGUUCACAUCCUAGGGAAGUUUCGUAAUCGUAAUGGUGCCUUCCCAAUUCCACCUGAAAACAAACUGAAAAUACCAAUAGGAGCUAAAAUUCAAACUUUGCACUUAGUAGGAGUUAAUGUCCCUGACAUUCCUUGCAUCCCAAUGCUGAGGCACCUGUAUCUGAAGUGGGUGAGGCUCACCAAACCACAGCCAUUUAAGGAUUUCCUUUGCAUCAGUUUACGCACUUUUGUCAUGAGAAAUUGUGCAGGACCCACAAACUCGUUGAAGUAUGUCCCCUUGGUCACAGGUUUGGCUUCUGCUCGAAACCUGGAACACCUAGAAUUAGUUCGUGUUCCCUUCCUUGGCGGUCUCAUCCAGCAUGUUGUAGAAGACAGCUGGAGAUCUGGGGGCUUCAGAAAUUUGCACACAAUUGUUCUGGGAGCUUGCAAGAAUGCUCUUGAAGUGGACCUUGGCUACCUCAUCAUAACUGCUGCACGAAGGUUGCACGAAGUACGAAUCCAGCCUUCCCUAACCAAAGAUGGAGUAUUCUCUGCACUAAAAAUGGCAGAAUUGGAAUUUCCACAAUUUGAAACACUACAUCUUGGAUAUGUUGAUGAGUUUUUGCUGCAGUGUAAAAUGAUCAAUGCAGACCUAGUGAAGUAUGGCUUGGCUGAUGUGGUUGAAAAUCCAGGCAUCAUCACAGACAUAGGAAUGAAAGCAGUGAAUGAAGUCUUCUCUUCUAUUAAAUAUCUUGUCAUAUACAACUGUCCACAUCUACAUAAUCCAAGCAGUUGGAUCACAGAUCAUUCAAGAUGGACUCGGCUAUUUGAUCUCACCUUGGUGAGAUGCCAUGCAAUAAAGCUAGACUCCUUUAGUCAAUUUAUUGAGUUACUACCAAGCCUGGAGUUUAUCUCACUGGACCAGAUGUUCCGGGAACCUCCCAAAGGGUGUGCUCGUGUAGGCCUAAGUGCAGGCACAGGAAUUGGUGUUUCCUCUGCUUUGGUCAGCAAUCAGAACUCCAACAAUGAUAAUGACAACAAUAAUAACCACCAGAAUAAUAAUGCAAAUAUACACCAUAACAACCACCAGCAACCAAAUGACCAAAAUGAGGAGAAUGAGCUGAGACAGGAGGAACAAGCAGAAGAACAGCAGAUUGCAGCAGAGGCACUGAAUGAUAUGGAGGAGGUUGCGCAGGAAGAUGGAGUGGCUAUGGCAGAGAGCCACAGUGAAGCCUCUACAACUAAUCAGGCACUUCUUCCUAUGGAAGUUGAUGAAGAACAAGCAGGGCCUAGUGGCCUUCAGCCUAAUGUAAAUCUAGCACCUAUUACUGUCCAUGAUUCAGAUAGUGAGGAUGAAGAUGAGAACAUGGCAACCUCGAGAUCAUGCAUUACAAACAGCAUUGCACAAAAUUACUCAGAUGGAGAGGAGAGAGUCAGAGAUCCAGUGGAAAUCCGGGAGCCAUCAGUAGUGAGUGGUAAAGGCAAAGCUCCACUGCGGAAGAGAUGCAACGCCAGCCGGGUGAAACUGUUCCUUUCUGAGGAAAGCAGCUGUGAAAAAGGCUGUCAAGUCACCAGUGAGCAGAUUAAAGCGGACAUGAAAGCAGCCAGUGAUGUGACAACAGAAAGAAAUAAAAACAAAGAUUGUUACCCGGGCUGUGGUGGUGGUGGUGGCGGUGGCACUGGACCUCCAGGGACCUCAGGCACUGCUGCUUCUCAAAGCCCUGAUGGGGUGAGGACAGCUGAUGGCACAAGCGAGGCCCCCGCCGCUGCUGCAGAGGACUCCGGGAAGUGUCUUUGCAGGAGUGAAGGCUCCAGUGAGAGGGAUGAGGAGGAGAACUCUUUAUGCUCCAGGUGUUCCUGCUAUUCGCCCCAGAGCCAGCCAAGGAGGACUAAUGGAGCCUCUGAUGGCGAAUGCCCGUCGGCCAGUGGAACUCGGGGUAUGAAUGGGCCAAAUGUGGGAGGGGCGGAAUUCUCCCUGAGAACAUUACCAAAUGGUGCCUCUCCAGGGGAGACCAACCAUGAGAGGACUAAUGAGAGAGUCUGUGGGACUGCCAAUGAGGAGCAGAGCACUGGUUCGCCGCAAGGGAGGUAUGAAGUGGAAUAUAAUGAAGAUUAUCCCCGCAGACCUCUAACAAGAGCCAGAAGCAGACUUUCCCAUGUGCCUCUGGUAUCUCAAUCAGAAUCAACCAAACCAAAGCCCAGGCAUUCAGUGAAGCGGAAAAGGACAGCUGACAAGUCCACCAGCACCAGCGAUCCUGUGAUUGAGGAUGACCAUAUCCAGAUUCUGACACUGAAAUCAAAGAACCUUGUUGGGAUCACCUUGACAAACUGUGGCAUAACAGACCUAGUGCUGAAAGACUGCCCUAAAAUGAUGUUCAUUCAUGCCACCAGAUGCCGUGUACUUAAGCACUUAAAAGUAGAGAAUGCACCAAUUGUUAAUCGGUUUGACUAUGCUCAGUGCAAGAAAUUAAAUAUGGAUCAGGUACUGGAUCAGAUACUGCGGAUGCCACCAGAGAGAAACCGGAUAAUUUAUCUUCGUCCAAUGCAGCAGGUUGACACGCUGACGCUAGAACAAAAGAUAUUCAGUGGUCCUUACCCAUACCACAUCUGCGUAAUUCAUGAGUUCAGUAACCCUCCAAAUGUCCGCAACAAAGUGCGCAUUCGCAGCUGGAUGGAUACAAUAGCAAACAUAAACCAAGAGCUUAUUAAGUAUGAGUUCUUCCCUGAAGCCUCACGAACAGAGGAUGAUUUAAAAAAAUAUACAAAGUAUCCCUGGGGGAGAGACAUCUACACUCUAGAAGGUGUUGUGGAUGGGGCUCCCUACUCCAUGAUUACUGAUUUCCCUUGGUUGAGGUCACUCAGGACAGCUGAGCCUAAUGGCUAUGCUAGAUACGACUUUGAGGAUGAUGAAAAAACGACUAUUUAUGCUCCCCGAAGAAAAGGACAGCUGUCAGCAGACAUCUGCAUGGAAACCAUAGGCGAGGAGAUUUCUGAGCUUCGUCAGAUGAAGAAAGGUGUAUUCCAGCGGGUGGUUGCUAUAUUCAUCCAUUACUGCGAUGUUAAUGGGGAACCAGUAGAGGAUGAUUACAUCUGAAUGGAUCAGGCUGCAGGUUUCCAGCCCUUCCUACCUUUUGACUGGCAUUGCCAGCAAAGAAAGCAAGUGGAUUCCUUCCACUGCCUUAGUGCACUGAGAGGUCUUGGAACUUGUGUGGUUCACAGCUGCCUCCAACGCCUACUGGAAUAGUUUGUAGUAAAUGUAUAAUGAGAAGUUGCGUUGUAUACUGAGGACUCUACACAGAAGAAAAAUCUUCCUAAAGUUGACUUUAUUUCAUAUGUUUAUAUUACGAAAUUUAAUUUAAGUUCCAUUUUAAUGAAAGCAACUAGUUAUGGCAAGGGAAAAAAAGUUUGAAUUUCUUAGUCCAUAUGAUUCAUAGCAGUAUUUUUGUUGGUUUGCCACAAGCAAAAACCCCAUCUGCCAUGUUCAGGAGCCACAGGAGUCUUUUAAACUGUGCCUUUUUUUCUCUUGAGCAUCUAAGAGUCCAUUCUGAGUAAAUCUGUUGAACAGUCUGAGUCUUGUGCAUUUUUCAAGGGGAAUAAAACAGAAGUUAAACCAGUGAAGAAUGACAGAAGUGAGACGAGCAGCCAUGCAGAUGUUCUAUAGAAAACUUAUUUAUUUAUUUAAAAAAACAAAGAACAAAUCUUGAUUUCAGAAUUUAAUAAACUAAGAAGCUUGUCGGCCGGAAUGUGCAAGAUUAAUAAAAGGCAAUACAUUCAGAA